CAUUAAACUAAUAACUCCUUUCCACAAGGUUGGAAAAACAGAACAGAAACAGUACUAAACAACAUAUCAGAAAAGAAAUGAGUUCCAAAAACAGCAACCCAUCACAUGUUUAUUUUCUCUUGACAAGUAUACUUUUCAUCAUGUCAUGUUUAUUUUCUCAAUCACAUUCAGACCCAAGAAUCUCAGAAGCUGGACUCUACUGUGGACAAGACAAAGCACCACCUAAAUCAAACUACAUCCCAAGUUUCAUACAAGAAAUGGAGAAUCUCUCACAGCUUGUAACAGAUCACAAUUGGGGAACUCAUUCUGUCAAUAUAUCAGGAUCUCUUCCAAUCUAUGGCUUUGCACAAUGUUUUAAAGACCUCUCUCAUACCGAUUGUCUUCUUUGUUAUGCUGCAAGCCGCACUCGGCUCCCUCGUUGCCUUCCUUCGAUCUCCGCCCGCAUCUAUCUUGACGGCUGCUUCCUUCGUUACGACAAUUAUAGUUUCUACUCAGAAGAAACUGACCCUUUGAGGGACACUGUUAACUGCACCUCCUCUGAGAGGUUGGAGGUGCAGAUGGAGAAGAGUGUUGCAAGAGUGGUUGAUGUUGUGGCCAUGGAUGCUGCUAGGAAAGGAUUUUCCGUGGGAGAAGUUGACGGUGUUUAUGCCUUAGCUCAAUGCUGGAACUCACUUGGGAAUAAUGGGUGUAGAGAUUGCUUGAAAAAUGCUGCAAAGAAAGUAAGAGCGUGUUUGAGUUUGACAAAUAAUGAAGGUAGGGCCUUGAAUGCUGGUUGUUAUUUGAGAUAUUCAACGCGCAAGUUUUUCAACGAAGGAGGUGGAAAACAUGGUGAAAAGAGAUCUUUAAGAAGAGGAGAUGUUAUAGCAGCAGUGUUAGCAACAGUUGCAAUUAUUAUGCUUGCUCUCUCUGCCUCUUUUGCAAUCUUCAAAAAAUUGUCGAAUCUAAAAAAAGAAAAAAAUAAUCUGGAUCAGGUUUCAUCUUCUAUAACAAAAUCUAGUUUGAAUUACAAAUACGAAAUGCUUGAGAAGGCGACAGAUUAUUUUAACUCUUCCAGGAAAAUAGGCCAAGGAGGAUCAGGUUCAGUUUUCAAAGGUAUUCUUCCGAACGGAAACGUCGUUGCAGUAAAGAGAUUGAUAUUCAAUAAUAGGCAAUGGGUGGAUGAGUUUUUCAAUGAAGUAAAUUUGAUUAGUGGAACUGAACACAAGAACCUUGUGAAAUUAUUGGGUUGUAGCAUUGAAGGGCCCGAGAGCCUACUUGUUUAUGAGUACUUACCCAACAAGAGUUUAGAUCAAUUUCUCUUUGAAAAGAGCAGAACUCAAAUUCUAAAUUGGAAGCAGCGGUUUAACAUCAUUCAAGGAACAGCAGAAGGGCUCGCUUACCUUCAUCAAGGUUCUAAAAAGAGAAUCAUCCAUAGAGAUAUCAAGAGCAGCAAUGUUCUUCUAGACGAUAGCCUCUCUCCUAAGAUUGCAGAUUUCGGCCUUGCGCGCUGUUUCGCUGCUGAUAAAACACAUUUGAGUACUGGAAUUGCUGGAACACUUGGUUACAUGGCUCCAGAGUAUCUGGUUCGAGGACAACUUACAGAUAAAGCGGAUGUAUAUAGUUUUGGAGUACUUGUUAUGGAGAUUAUAUGUGGCAGAAGGAAUAAUGUUAUCAGAGAAGACUCUGGAUCACUUCUACAAACGGUUUGGAAACGUUACCGAUCAAACACAUUAGUUGAGACUAUUGAUUGUAGCUUGGGAGAUGAUUUUCCUAUAGCCGAGGCGUCAAGGGUGUUUCACAUUGGUUUGCUUUGCACACAAGCUUCUGCUUCCCUUAGGCCAUCCAUGGCCCGUGUUGUUCAAAUGUUAAGUAAUUCAGAUUUAGAUGUUCCUACACCAAAUCAACCACCAUUUUUGAAUGCUGCAAUGCUAGACUCAGACAAUUCCAUUAGGUCUUGUAGUACAAACAGUUUUGUAUCUAGUGCUUUAAAAGAGAUCGGAGUUUCUUACAGCAACUCGGACGAGCCAUCGGGAAGUGAAGAACCAAGUAUCCAAACUUGAUUUUCAAAUGUAAUUAUUUUGUUUAAAGCAAAAUUGAAAGAUUAGAUGAUGUAAGACUUGGCAACACAAAUUUUUGUGAGCAAAAUGUUUGUUACAAAGGAGAAUGUAACAACCUGUGUAGUAGCAUUUUGUUACUAUUCUUGAAAAGCAUACUUGUUUCAUUAUAUAAUUAAAAGA